AUGUCAUCGAAGCAUCUGGAUUGGAUCUUAGAGAAGACCUUGGAGAACAUUGUCUCAGCAGGAUCAUCAAGCACAGCAACAACUAGGCUGGAGGCAUUCACCCGUGCAGUUCGCAUCCGCCGGAUCACCGUAUCGCGAACGCCUUCGACUCAGGACCUCAGCGGCGGUAUCCAGAACUCGCUGCUCCCGUACCACAGCUACAACUACGAGCUGGUGCACGGCGCCUGCUGCGAGAACGUGAUCGGAUACCUGCCCCUGCCCCUGGGACUCGCGGGACCCAUGGUGAUCGACGGCCAGGCAUAUUUCAUCCCGAUGGCCACGACGGAGGGUGUGCUGGUUGCCAGCGCCAGCCGGGGCUGCAAGGCGAUCAACGCCGGCGGCGGUGCCGUGACGACGCUCAAAGGCGACGGCAUGACGCGAGGCCCCUGCCUGGGAUUUCCGUCGGCGAAACGCGCCGCCGAAGCUCAGCGCUGGGCUGAGUCCCCCAUCGGUCGUCGGGUCCUCACCGACACCUUCAACGCCACCAGCCGCUUCGCUCGUCUGCAGAGCCUGACCUUCGCCCAGGCCGGCACCUACCUCUACAUCCGGUUCCGCACCACGACAGGCGACGCCAUGGGCAUGAACAUGAUCUCUAAGGGUAUUGAGCAGGCUUUGCAGGCGAUGACCGCCCACGGGUUCCCCGAUAUGAACACUAUUACGCUGUCCGGUAACUUCUGUGCUGACAAGAAAUCUGCUGCUAUCAACUGGAUCGGUGGCCGCGGCAAGUCGGUCAUCGCUGAAGCUACUAUUCCCGCCGAGACCGUCCGGAAGGUUCUGAAGACCGAAGUCGAUGCCCUGGUUGAGCUCAAUACAGCUAAGAACCUGGUGGGUAGCGCCAUGGCCGGUAGUAUGGGUGGGUUCAACGCCCAUGCAUCCAACCUAGUUCAGGCCGUGUUCUUGGCUACCGGACAGGAUCCCGCCCAGAAUGUGGAGAGCAGUAGCUGUAUCACGACGAUGAAGAAUAUCGACGGAAACCUGCACAUCGCCGUCUCCAUGCCCUCCAUGGAGGUCGGAACCAUCGGUGGAGGCACCAUCCUCGAAGCCCAGGGAGCCAUGUUGGACUUGCUGGGAGUCCGCGGCGCCCAUCCCACCGAUCCCGGCGCGAAUGCCCGCCGCUUGGCCCGGAUCAUCGCCGCGGCCGUGCUGGCGGGUGAACUGAGUACUUGCUCGGCCCUGGCGGCGGGUCACUUGGUCAAUGCCCAUAUGCAGCAUAAUCGGAGUGCGGCGUCGUCGAGGGUGAACUAG